GUUAGUGGUGGAGACGGAAAUAUCGACGGGACCAUGCUGUAUCCGUUGAAUUUCAACUCUAUUCGACGUGUUCUGGAGGAUCCAUCGGUGCUAGAUGGCAAACGAACAGAGGUGAGUGCUCUUGAACGGAGAUUUAUGGAUGUCUAA